GUGCCGUCGCCUUGCGCAAAGCAACCACAGUUGCUCGUUGCAUCCUUGGUCGCCUUCCCCGGUCACAAUGGGUCCUCAGAGAAAGAUGUUCACGGGGCCUCUGUCGGCCUGCACCCGGCCAACAUGCUUGUCCGGAUCGCUAGCUACCUUCUCUCUUGCACGAUAUUUCUCUACCACAUCAUCCACCCUGGACUGGCUUACUCCAAAGUUUGCCGAGAAAUCCAAGUCCCCUAAGGGUCGCCCACACGUCGCUACUGGAGGAUCAACUCGCGGAACAACAGUGGUGUGGGGAGACUUUGGUCUUCGCAUGAAGGACCACGACCGUCGGAUGCCGGCCUCGGCCCUCAAGAUCGCAGAGGAAACGAUCAAGAGGCGGCUACGUGGCAUGAACUACAAGUUGUACAAGCGUGUCAGUGCCAACAUUGGUGUCUACACUAAGGGUAAUGAGCAGCGUAUGGGUAAGGGUAAGGGUAAAUUCGACUACUGGACCGUCCGAUUGCCCGUUAGCCGAAUUGUCUUUGAGUUGAAGGGAGAUCUGCACGAAAAGGUUGCCCGGGAGGCAUUCAGAUUGGCUGGCCACAAGUUGCCGGGUCUCUGGGAAUUUGUUAAGAAGGAUGACCCGCCCGUCGUCGGAAUCACCAAACUCGGAAACGGCGUCACCCUAGAAUCCCUCAAACGCGCCCGCAGAGACCCUCCUCUGGGAACCAACGCUCUCGAGAACCCGCCAAAGACCACUUCCUCCAGCCCUACCGCUCCUCAAUAAAUCGCCAUACCCUCUCUCUCAUGGCCUAGGCGCCCAUGUCUCUCCUUGCCGAUAUCACCGUGCCAAUCAAGCCCCGACGCCGGAGCCAGGUCCAUACCCCUGCUCUCUCCUGGUUUUCGCGGCUUCUGCAUCGAAUGGGUUGUCGGAAUUCCGAUUUUCUGUACAUUAUCUGUCAGCUUUGUGCGCAUCAUAUCCGAAUCCUUAUACGCCAUAUUUGGAGUAUGAUGCCUUUGUCGUUAUAUUAGGAGUUUAGACCGAAGG